AUGGCGCACCCGCCGAUACCAAGCCUCUCGAUGCCGCCGCGCUUCGUAAUCGAACUCGACCGCACCGACCCCGAUGUUCCCUUCCGCGCCUCGCAGUCACACAUUCAUCACACGUGGGCGCGUACCUUCCACUCUAGGCCCGAGCUCUACCUUCGCCCACAAAGCAUCCCCGAGAUACAAAAGAUAGUGACGCUCGCGCGGCGCAUGCGAAGACGCGUAGUAACUGUGGGAUGUGGACAUUCGCCAUCGGAAAUAACAUGUACCUCGGCAUGGAUGGUGAACUUGGAUGACUUCAAGAAAGUGCUGUCUGUGAGCGAGAAGGAGAAAUGUAUGACGGUGCAGGCUGGUAUACGGAUGCAUGAUCUCAAUCUGCAGGCGAAAUCCUUCGGGUUGACGAUGCCGAAUCUGGGAUCGAUUGACGAGCAGAGUCUUGCUGGGGCGAUUGGGACCGCGACGCAUGGUAGCUCCAUGAGCCAUGGUCUACUUUCUGAUCGCGUGAGGAGCCUGAGGAUCUUAUUGGCAAACGGACAGGUGGUCAAGUGCUCGCCGACUCAGUCGCCAGAUCUGUUCCGUGCGGCCCUCGUAUCGCUAGGCGCAUUGGGUAUAAUCGUCGAGAUCGAGUUUGAAAUGAUCGAGGCCAGUGACAUCGAGUGGAAGCAGACCAUACUCCCCAUUGAAGACGUGCUAGCCGACUGGGAAAAUGGACUGUGGACUUCCAAUGAGUUUGUGCGAGUAUGGUGGAUGCCCUACAUGAAGCGCGCAAUCGUCUGGCGUGCCGACAAAACCACCAAGCCCCAUAAGAAGCCCGCAUACAACUGGUACGGCGGCAGCAUCGGAUACCACACCUACCACAUUCUUCUCUGGAUCAGCCAAUUUGUCCCGCGCAUUCUGCCCUGGGUAGAACGGUUCGUUUUCGGCAUGCAAUACGGUUUCAAGGACGGUACCACCAUCUCUGCGAUCGGCGAGCAGCGCAACGAACUACUCAUGAACUGCUUGUACUCGCAAUUCGUUAAUGAAUGGUCCAUCCCGCUUGAUAAAGGUCCUGAGGCGCUCUCCCGUUUGACAGACUGGCUACAUGGCGACGAGCAAUCGUCUGGCAUUCCGUUCAGCACCAAAGGCCUAUACGUCCACUCGCCUAUCGAAGUCCGCGUCGCAAACACCCAAGGCCGUGAACCUCGUCCAUACCUCGACACAAGCUACCCCGACAAGCCCGCUCUUUACCUCAACGCCACGCUGUACCGUCCAUACAACCAGGACCCACCUUGUCGCGAGCGCUACUACCAGGCGUUCGAGCACUUAAUGAAAGAAUACAAUGGUCGGCCGCACUGGGCUAAGAACUUCGAAAAUGUCGACUACGCUUAUCUUUCGAAGACGUAUGGCGCGGAUCUGGAUGAGUACAAUCGAGUGCGCAACGAAGUCGAUCCGGAGGGUAUGUUCAUUGGCGCAUGGCAUCGACGCACCAUAUUGCCACCGAAAACAACUCAGCCCUUGUAUCCACUCGAAGAGAAAGAAGUCGUCCGUCGUGAUCGCAGGAGUGGUGGUGUAGACUGGAUCGGCGAGCAGGCAAGGUGGUGGGAUGGCGGUGUUGAUGUUUUUGAGAAGACGAAUGGCAGUGAAAGUGGCGAGAGCUUCGAUUUGAUGGCGGAGGCGGAGGCGAGUGUCUUGUUGGAGGAUCGGACGGAUGUGCAGAUGUUCAGGUCGGAAGACUUUGGGGAUGAGAGGAGGAGGAGAGAGGGGACCCAGGAGUUCGUUACAGGGACGAGCGUGUUCGAUAAGAUGUAGGUUGGUGGAGUGUAGGUGUCUGGACGGCUUAUUGGCGGUGUCUUGAGGCUGGGCGAGGUCGUUGUCGUUGUCGGAGACGUCCAUUGCUGCGGAUCCAACGGUAGCACCGUGAUUUCCUCAAUCUCCACACUCAAAAUGCACGGUUUAUCUGCUUCACAAAA